AAAUCUGUACUGUUUUGGCCUAAUUUCUUCCUUCAGAACUUUGUAAAAUUCUGGCCAACUUUGUCUAAAUUUGUUCAAACUAAUCGAUUUAACAAUUGCUCAAAUGUAGUUUCAAUAAUUUUGUCAAUUUUUACACAUUUUUUUACUGUACAUACAUGAAUAACUUAAUGUAAUUAUAGAAAUCGCACCUUUGGGCCUAAUAUAAUUUUUAAAACAGGAUGAUCGCAUUGAGAUGAGGGAUUGAAGUCAUGAAUAAGCUUAAAAACUCGUUCGAGGCUUCUUUGAUUUUUGUACGAAGGCGCCUUUUAUACUCUUCAAGUGAUUCUAACCUAUGGGUGGUUAUUUUAUCACCUCAGAGUAUGAAAACACUUCGUAUUCUCCACGAUACGCCUCUAGUCAUGAGCACAGAAGAGGGCUUGAGAGCAUUUAUAAGAGUACACAGCGCUGCUGAGUACGCCCUAGAAUUCUCUUCACUUUCACACCCUAAAUCCAUAAUUACUGAGGAGCUGGCUAAAUCUCUAAAUCUCAAGUUUGAUAUAAAGGCAACCGUUUUUUUUUCACAGGUCACCGAUGUUUGUAACGCCUCAAAGCUAUGUUUAAAGUUUAUGGAAUCUUAUGAUCCUCGUGAUAAUCUUUGGAAGUUUCACACUGGUUCUUACAAUAGUUCUGUGGAAACUAAAUCUGUGGAGAAUAAUCCUUUGGAUAAGAAUCCCGGUAGCUUGUCAAGUGAUACUGUGGUUGAAGAAUUUAAUAAAAAGUGUAAUAUUAAAUCAAGUGGAACGGAAAGUUCUGCUAGUAUCCCUAAUAGUAUGUUGAAUUGGUAUAAUGUAAAUGAUAAUGUAAAACUAUAUCCCUCUGUAGAAUGGUAUAAUUCAUUAGUUAAUAAAGAGUACAAUCACGUUAUAAAAUCGAGCCUUUUGGGUUCAGUUUUAUUUCAAAAUAAUAUUAUUUCACUCAAUUUAAAUGGAUUUUUGUCAAGGUUUCUUAUUUACUCCAUCACUAAAUCGCAUAAUCGCACUUUUAGUAAGUCCUCCACUCACUCAGUUGAUGGGAAUACACCCUUAAGCAUCAAUAAUGAUACUGAAAUACAAGUAAUAAUAAGUGAAAAAGUAAAAGAUGGGCUCAAAUAUGAAAGUGAGUCAAGUGAACCUAAUGAUAACAACAGUAGUAUAAUCAGUGGAAUGGAUGAAAUAAUAGAAUUGUUUAAUACACAUGUAAUAAUCCCACUAGUUUUGGAUUUAGAUGUUGGACAUCCCUCAGGUGUAUUAUUGUACGGCCCGCCAGGUUGUGGAAAGACGUUACUGGCUCGUAAAAUUGCCACAAAUUAUACAAAAUUGUUUAAUUUAUCCAAUUAUAAGGAUAAUUCAAGCCAAAGUUGUUCUGAGUUGAAGGUUAAACUGGUACAAUCAACAGAUUUGAUAAGUGAGUUUAUGGGUAAAACUGAGCGUAAUAUAACUGAGCUGUUUCAGUCCCUUAGGGAAGAAUCCAAGACUAGUAAAGUCAUAUGUUUUAUUGAUGAGAUUGAUGUGUUAUGCGUUAAUAGAGAAAGUAGUGGAUCUGACUUACAGGCGAGGCGAGUUCUGACCACUUUUCUGAAUAACAUGGAUGGGGUAAAUGCCGGAAGCAGCAACUUUGUUAUAGUAGGGAUGACUAACUAUUUGGAGAACAUUGAUAAUGCAAUGCGUAGACCGGGAAGAUUUGACCUCGAGAUUGAAGUGCCAGUACCCAACUCUAAAAACAGACUACAAAUUCUCAAAAACCUCCUUAACUCAGUUGACCACAGUAUAACCAACGAACAGCUGGAACAGGUUAAUGAUUUUUGUCAAGCUUUUGUAGGAGCAGACCUUAAAUUAUUAUUAACAAAUUCUAUGCACUGUAAAAUAAAUAGAUUAAAUAACUCCAAUGAAACUAGUUAUGGAAUGAAUAUUUCUGAUACUGUUGAUACUCCUGAGAUUGCCGACAAUACACUGAAUAAAUCACUAACAUAUGAGGAUAUGAUGAAUGGAUUGAAGAUUACACGUCCAUCAGCUAUGCGUGAAUUGUAUGUGGAAGUUCCGGAGGUGAGGUGGGAUGAUAUUGGUGGAUACGAAGAUCUUAAGACUGUUAUUAAGCAGUGUGUAGAAUAUCCAAGAAAGUUUUCAGCACUUUACCAAAAGUUACAAAUUCAAGUUCCCAAAGGCAUUUUAUUGUAUGGGCCACCAGGUUGUUCGAAGACGUUGAUGGCUAAAGCGAUUUGUACAGAGAGUCACAUGAACUUUAUCUCAGUUAAGGGACCAGAGAUGUUCGAUAAAUACGUAGGUGAGAGUGAAAGGAGGUUGAGAAGAUUGUUUAGUAAGGCUCGUUUGAAUAGUCCAUGCGUUAUAUUCUUUGACGAGAUCGAUUCCAUCUGUUGUGAAGAUUCCAGUUCUGUGGGCAAAAGGGUGUUGAGCACUUUGUUGAAUGAACUCGAUGGAGUGAGUGCUCUUAAACAGGUUUUGGUGGUUGGAGCCACCAACAGACCUCAAGACCUCAACAGAUCUUUGCUUAGACCCGGUCGUUUUGAUCGCCUCAUCUACGUUCCACUUCCUGAUUUUGAGGCCAGAAAAGCUAUAUUUAAACUAAAUCUUCGAAAAGUUAAACUUGAUUUUAAUUUGGAAGAAGCUGCUGUAAGUUUGGCUAAACUAACUGAAGGAUAUUCGGGAGCAGAAGUCGUCAACAUUUGCAAGCAAGCUUCGAUAUAUUUACUUAAUGACCUGAUUAACUCAAGCCCACAGAAAUGCUUGGAAGAAGUUAUUCCGUUGUCGUAUAGUUACUUAGAGAAGGCCUUGGAGAAUUCAAAACCAAUGACAUCACCCGAGUUGAUCUCAUUUUACGAAGAAUAUCAAAAUUAUACACACUUUUAAAUCCCUAAUUUUUUUCAUUUUUUGAAUAA